GGGUCUAUACAAUGCAUUCGUCACCAUGUCGACCGGGUUCCCCAUUCCCACUCCGGGAGAUCCGUCGCAGAUGAUUGACCUAUCUACCGGCCUAUCUAACUUAUCUCCCUUGGCUCCACCGCACACCGAGCACGCUGGAUCUGGAAUAUGUUGGGGGGCCAUAAUCAUUCGUCGUUUUCUUCUUUUCUGUCUCUUUCCAAAUUAUCAUCUCGGUCCGGUGUCAACGAGGGAUUUUCUUUCUUUCUCUUUUUUUUUGGUGCCGAGCAUUUACGGCCGUUGUGUCUUUUCCCAUUCUGCCGGUUGCCGCUGCUCCUGUCGUCUGGUAUUCAAAUCCCAUUGCAAUUCGUUGCUGGCCCUGCGUCAGCCCCUGUCGUGCAUAGCAACUCACCCCUUAUUAUUAGUCCCCUCAGUGAUACCUGUAACAAAUACCCAGACGAUGAAAACAAAACACUCUCCAUGUCAAUACGGGAUGAGAAUCUUUUUGGGAGGCUAGCACGGUAAGACCUGUGCACUAAAGGGGAUACAACAACAAACAUACUGCGACUAGACAUGGGCUUGGCUGGCUUGGUCAGUCACAACAUCAAAUAUAUUGCAUAUGGAUAGAUAGUGCUCUCGUUGCUCAUC